AUGGAGAGGCUGUUGCUGUGUGUGAUGCUGGCAGUUGCCAUGGCAGUGCGGGCACAGAUCUGCCCAAAGCGCUGCGUAUGUCAGAUCCUGUCGCCCAACCUGGCAACCCUCUGCGCCAAGAAAGGUCUGCUCUUUGUACCACCGAACAUUGACAGGCAUACUGUGGAGCUACGGCUGGCUGACAACUUUGUCACAAGUGUGAAGAGGAAAGAUUUUGCAAACAUGACACGGCUGGUAGACCUGACAUUAUCCAGAAACACCAUCUCCUACAUCACACCUCAUGCCUUUGCCGAUCUGGAAAACCUCAGAGCUCUACACCUCAACAGUAACCGGCUGACGAGGAUAGGCAAUGAUACAUUCAGCGGGAUGUCGAAGCUUCACCACCUGAUUCUGAACAACAACCAGCUGGUGCUGAUCCACCAGGGAGCGUUCAACGACCUGCUGGCGCUGGAAGAACUGGACCUCAGCUACAACAAUCUGGACUCUAUUCCUUGGGAGGCCAUCCAGAAAAUGACGAGCCUCCAUACGUUGAGUUUAGACCACAACAUGUUGGACUUUAUUCCAGAGGGAACCUUCUCACUGCUACAGAAACUCAACCGGCUGGACGUCACCUCCAAUAAGCUCCAGAAGCUCCCACCAGACCCUCUUUUUCAACGAGCUCAGGUUCUGGCCACAUCAGGAAUCAUGACCUCCUCUUCCUUCGCACUGUCUUUUGGCGGGAACCCUCUCCACUGUAACUGUGAGUUACUGUGGCUGAGAAGGUUGAACAGGGAGGACGACCUGGAGACAUGCGCCUCACCCCAACUCCUCUCUGGUCGAUACUUCUGGUCCAUCCCCGAGGAGGAGUUCAUAUGUGAACCCCCCCUCAUCACCAGAUACUCCCAUGAGAUGAGGGUGCUUGAAGGACAGCGAGUCGCACUGAGGUGUAAGGCGAGAGGUGACCCAGAGCCAGCCAUCCACUGGAUCUCUCCAGAGGGCAAACUGGUGUCUAACUCCUCCAGAACAUUGGUGUACAACAACGGGACCCUGGACAUCCUCAUCAGUACUGUGAAAGACACCGGCUCCUUCACCUGCAUCUCCUCCAACCCUGCCGGUGAAGCCCACCAAACAGUUGACCUGGUUAUUAUAAAACUCCCUCACAUCUCCAACAACACCAACAACAUCCAAGAGCCUGACCCGGGAUCGUCGGACAUUUCCACGUCGACCCGAGGCGGGGCCAACGGCAGCAACGUGACGGGCGACGUGAAGGGCGGCGUGGACAAGAGGGUGGUGACGGCUGAAGCCACAUCGUCGACAGCUCUGAUCAAGUUCAACUUCCAGAGGAAUAUUCCAGGCAUUAGGAUGUUCCAGAUCCAGUACAACGGGAGCCAGGACGACUCGCUGGUGUACAGAAUGAUCCCCCCGUCAAGCAAGAACUUCUUGGUCAACAACCUGGCCGCGGGGACCCAGUACGACCUCUGCGUGCUGGCCAUCUACGAUGAUGUCAUCACCUCUCUGACAGCAACCCGCGUGGUCGGCUGUGUGCAGUUCACCACCGAGUCAGAGUACAUGAGGUGUCAUUUCAUGCAGUCGCAGUUUCUCGGCGGGACUAUGAUCAUCAUCAUUGGAGGGAUAAUAGUGGCCUCGGUGCUCGUUUUCAUCAUCAUCCUGAUGAUACGUUACAAGGUGUGUAACCCUGGGGAGGGCGGUAAAGGCGUUUCAAUGUCGAUGACCAACGUUCACUCACAGACCAAUGGGCAGCAGUCGCAGGGAUGCACUGUGACUCCCAGCGCCUCUAAACAUGGCUCAAUCGGAUUAGACGACCUCUCGGGAGGCACAAAGAAGAGGAGCGGAGCAGCAGCAGCAGGAGGAGGAGGAGGAGGAGGAGGAGGGGGCAAGGAUACGAUGACUCAUUCGUCCGACUCUUCCCUGCCUGACUGCUCCACCACUACGUCAGUUCUCAGCCAGCCUUGGACGGCUAGAAGCCCGACAGCUGGAGCCGAGGAACGGGAGAAAGCGGGUGAAGAGAGAGCUCAGGCCGGCAUCUCCACGCCCACCACCACCACUGGUUCACUACCCAAGCCAAAGCGGAUGCCCGCCCAAAGUAAGCCAGGCUCGAACCUCAACACCAACCGCAACAACUCCACCUCUCUCAACCAAACCCCGCCUCCCUUCGCUCCCUCCCCUUUCUCCAGCCAACACCCCACGCCGAGCCCCGUCCCCUCCAUCCGAUUCAGAGAGACGCCCAUCCUGCGCCGGGCUCCCCACGCCGCCUCCUCCUCCUCCUCCGCCACUGUUUCCUCCUCCGCCAAGUACCAGACUCUCCCUGUGGAGGAGGGAGGGAGGAGCAGGGCGAGGAGGAGGUACUCGCUCAGUGAGGGAGGCCCAAAGACGCACUCGUCACAUCAGGGAGGAGGAGCGCCCAGAUUAGGGCGCAUAAUGCGAAACAAAAGGAGCCAAUCAAUGAGCGGGAUGCUGCUCCCUAAAGAUGGGGACGGAGACUCGGACAAAGGACGCUGUGAUUCAGACUGGAUCUUAGAAAGCACGGUUUGA